AUGUUCAGGGAUUCUUCCCUUGAAGCAGCCCUUAGCGCCGAGUUCUCCCCUGCUUCAGAGAUCCCUUCUUUCUUCCAGGAUCUCCUGUCUUCUCUCACCAUGGCUGCUGCCAAAGCCUCCCUUUUGAAAAGAGCAGGUAAGAGGAAGGGGAAAUUUGCAUGGGGAGGGGAGAACCCUCUACAAGUUGAGCGUAUGUGUUCAUGCUUUGGAUGCAUUUCUGAAAAAAGGCUUACACUAGUACGAUGGGUUUGGGAGCUGGGGUUCCUCCUACAGGUGAUGUCCGACUACAACUCCCAUUGUCCUGUUUCUUUUGCUUCUUUUUAGUGCGGCCUGCUUCAGCUGCGCCAGGAAGCCAAGUGGCUGAGGCUCUGGCCCUGCUUAAGUCUCAUCUUAAGUCUGCAUUACACCUCCUGCAGUCCUGCAUCAAUUUUGAGCUUUUCCAUCAUUCCCACUUUCCCUCCCGACUGCACCCCACCCUGUUACUCUGCUUCCCCUCCAGUUUACUCAGAGAAACAUUUCUGGGUAUUCCCAAGUCUUAUUAACCACGUUGUGACUUUGCAGGUGGUGCUGAUAAAGAUAUCCCCGAAUGGCAGUUUUAUUUCUUUGCCCACAAAUGGACCAGGUCUCCUGCCCACCCAUUCCUGCAUCCACACAGCUGCAAGAUGUCCAGGAAUCAGCAUCCCAGAAGCUGACUGCUUCUUCUUGCUCCGAUUCCCAAUCAGCAUCCCUCUCUUGACACACGAGGUGACCACUGCAGCGGGCAAUGGCGGCCCUUCCCUGGGCACGCAGCAGCAAGCCAUCUUAGCUGCAUUGACCGGGGGGGGGGGGAGAGACUCUUUUACAGGGGAAAAGCAGGCGGAAGUUGGGCAAAAAAAAAAUUUUUUUUUUAAGCUGCUGGAACGGAAGUCCAGAAGAUAAAAAGCACUGCUGCUCCCUGCAAUCAUCCUGUUAGAAGAAGCACUUCAGUUUCCCAUUCUGGGUUCCAAGGAAAUGGGUGUGAGGAAGCUGCAGGUUCCUCAUCUGUGUUCUAAAAAGCAGGUGUCUUCCCCCCCCAUGAUCCUGGGAACUGUAGUUUGUUAGGGGCUCUGGGAACAGCUCCCAUUAGCAGAGAUCCGUGGAGUCCUAGGAACUCAGUCAUGAGGAGGAACCAGGAAGGUAGGAGGAGCUCAGAUGCCCCGUUCUUGAGUUGGGGAGGGACCCCGUGCCUUGGAAAUGGAGAACCGUUGGGUGUUGAGGGUCCCAGGAUUGUGCCUUGCCUUCAAGGGGGCCGCCUGGGAGGUGGGGUUUGGUCCUGCUCAAGCUCUAACAGAUGACCAUAUAUUGGAGGACAGGAAGGGAUUCCCCUCAGAUCAGAUUGGCUCAGGCAUAUCUGAGAGGAGCCAGCAGAUGUAGUGACAGCUAGACUGGGGACUGGGAGCAGCCGCCGGGACCAUAUAACACUGGUCCUAAAGGAUCUAUGAUGGCUCCCAGUACGUUUGCGAGCACAAUUCACAGUGUGGGUCCUGUAUACCUGAAGAAGGGUUGCCACCUGGUCCUUAAAAAAUCUCAUCCUUGACAGCAAACUUAAAAGGAUAGGAAUUAGACUGCAAAACCUUGUUUUGAGUGAGUCCAGCUAUGAAGCUAGCUGCCUUCCCUCCCUCCCUUUGCCCCACUUAAGAAAGAAUCAGGCAUCAAGCUGGGAACUUUAAAAAUAAGCUUUACUUACUUUAUAAUCAUGAAUCAGGUCACAACAAUACAGGGAUUAAAAACUGUACAGGAAAAAUACUGUUAUAGAUUUGCAGGAGACCCCAACCCAACUAAGCUGUAGAAAUUGAUCAACUGCAGAAUUUUGAUUAAUUGGGAUAUCAAUGAAAGUACAGGCUGCACAACUGUGCCGGACAAGGAAUUUCUGGGCUGACUUUUGCAAACCAGGCUGGCCCGUCUAGCAAAGAGCAAAUAUGUUAACACAUCUGAGCUUGCUGGGCACACGACCCAAGGGGAAGUGGGGAUGAGCCCCAAAGGUAUGGUGGGUACACAGCCUAUCGUUUCAAGGGAAAGGUCUCUAGGGGGCUUUAGCUCACACAGGGCAGAAGCGUAGUGAGAUUUAUUUUGUAUUAUUUCUUUCCACCAUCACUGCGUGUGACCCUUUGAAAAGAGGUUCCUUAAACUUUAAUUUGAGUGGAUAUUCCCGGUCUCGGCUUGUGUGUGGCGCUACAGUUCCCAGAUGGUUGCAGAGUACAACUGAAAGCAUUAAAAACUCAGGAGCCUCCAGCGAUUUUAUGCACUGUGAGUUUAACCAGCAGCAUUUUGUGACAACAUGAUAAUUGGGGACUCCAAGGAAAGUGAGAGUCCAUUCACACGAGAGUCCUUACUGUGUCCUUCUUCCUCCACAGGGCCACACCUCCAGGGAUGAGGCUCCAUCUCCGGCUUCCCGGGAUGAAUGAUGAGAGACCAUCCCGGUGGUUCACAGCCCCUGACCCUCGUGUGGCUCCCCCUCCGCCCCUUCUCCAUGCGGGCAUGGCUCCUUCCUGGCCCUACUUGGCGCAGAAACAGCAGUCAAGGUUUCCUCCCAUUAAAAGCACAUCGAGAGUUAUUCCGAAGAGGGAGGAGACUUUGGAUUCUGCUUCUGUGCUAGUCCGGCUGAGACGGAGCCAAGACGCCCAUAUGGAGGCCAAGUGGGAAGACCUGCUAAGAUCAGGUAAGUGGAAAUGCCUGAGAUUCUAGCCAACCUCAACUGGUGGUCUCAGUUACCAUAAUAAACCUUGGAAUGAAAUAUAUACAUAUUAUCAUCUAUAUAUUUAUCUGGAACUCCUCCAACCAAUCAGACUAACUGAGCUUGUUUCUUCCUUAGGCGAGAGGCCGGCCAGAACAAGGGGCGAAAGGCUCCCACUUCAGGUAAGUGGAAAUGCCAAUUAAGUGCCCUAUAUUACAGGAAUGCUUCCUUCCCAUGUCUCCCAUGUCUCCCACCCUCAUGCGCCAGACUGGUGCUAGCAUGGCUGGGAGCCAGGCACUUGCUGAUGUCUCCGUUUCCUUUGCAGGGAGGGAGCCUUUCCCCAACGUUUACUUCGUUCUGGCGAAAUCCCUGGAGGGACGUGGCGACUCUCAGGUACUGGGACAAAAGGAAGGAAGGGGUCCUUGUGCAACUUCUUUUGGGCCUCAUAGGAACACUCUCUCCACCUGUGGCUUCCAGAAAGUGCUUUUCAGAAGCAUUCCUCCCUCCAACCUGGUUGCCUUGCAAUAACGCUCUCCACCAGGCAAUUGUCUCACCCUCUUUGAAAGCCACCUCAUCCAAGAUGCUCUUGUGGGGCAUCUGAUUCUCCUGGGCUUCCUUAUUCCCGCAAGGAGGCGGCUCUUGCGAUAUCGGCAGUGUGAUCGUGUUCACACAGCUUAAAAAAGUUCCCCCUGGUUCGCACUUGCAUGUGUCCAUCAUUCCUUGACGAUUCCAGAAAGCCAGCAACUUUGGCGCAUCUAACUUGUGUGCAUUUAGCUUUCUGUUCUUGGCCCAAAAAUCUAUCAAAAAGGGGGCAGAAAGCAGGCGGGUGUCCGGGAAAAGAGACUUUGGCAAUCCCACCCUGCCCUGAACCUCAUUGGUUCUGACCCUAUGAGAUUCUGGUUGGAGCUGCAAUCCCCAGAACAAAACCCCGACAAAAGCGCCAGGCUUCCUGUUGAGAGCAUCCACCACACCGGACAUUCCAAGGCCUCUUCUACCACUUUCAGGCUCUUGGCUUCCACCAAGGAAUCCUGGGACCUGUCCUUUGUCAAGGACCUACCAUUUCGGUCAGCUCCCAUUCCCAGCACCCUGAACACACUACAGGAUUUCCAGGAUUCUCCAUGAUAGUGAAAGUGGAGAGAGAAGCCUUUCAAUAUUUGGUGUGGUUAAGACAGCUGAAAGAGCGUCUGAGUUGACAUUCUGUCAGUAGUUUUUGGCCAGUCACAGCCCAUUCUCAUGUGAUGUCCCUCUUCCUCCACAGGGCCACGCCUCCAGGGAUGAGGCUCCAGCUCCGGCUCCCGGGAUGAAGAACCAGACAACAUCCCGGCGGUUCCUGACUGACGUCCUUCACGGCGCGUCCCCACUGCCCUUUCUCUGUGUGGGCAUGGCUCUUUCCCGGCCCGGUUUGGCGCAGAAGCAGCAGCCAAAGUUUCCUCCCAUUAAAACAGCUUCUUGGGUUAUUUUGGAGAGGGGGGAGACUUUGGCUGCUGCUUCUGUGCUAGGCCAGUCGAACGCCCGUAUGGAGGAGAAGUGGGGAGCCCUUAUAAGAUCAGGUAGGAGGAAAUGCCCCUUCCCAGGUCCCCCACCCUCCUGCCCCAGACUGGGGCUAGCGUGGCUGGGAGCCAGGCGCCUGCUGAUGUCUCUGUUUCCUUUGCAGCGAGGGAAAAGUUCAGCCAGGGAACCGCCGCAUUCCGGGAGGGACUGGAGCCCAGACGGCGGCCUCUCGCCCCUGAGGUAAUGGGACAGGUGGGAGGAGGGGGUCUUAGGAAACACACCAGAAGGGCCUGCAGGAUCAGGCCAAGGGCCUGUCUGGUCCAGCCUUCUUUUCUCCCAGGGGCCACCCAGAUGCCACUGCGAAAGCAGCAACAGGAUUCGAGCCCAAGAAGCAGUGUGUAGCGUCGAGUUCUCCCCUGCUUCAAAGAUCCCUUUUGUUGUUGCAGGAUCUCCUGUCUGCACCGCUGUGGCUGCUGCCCAAGCCUCCCCAAAAAUGA